AUGUCCCAGCAAUUUUUCUCCAAGGCUGGCACCAGACUCACCCCAGGUUUGUAUUUUGUGCCCUCUUCUCUGUACAAUAUACCUGGAGUGAAAAUAUCUGCUGCGGCUUGCGAAAUGAGUAGCAAGUUGAAGUCCACGUACCGUUCGGUCCCUGUAGAGCCUCCCCUACCACCAGGAUGGACGGAGCACAAAGCGCCCACCGGCCACACCUACUACUACAAUGCUGAGACGAAGCAAUCUACCUACACCAGGCCCAGUCUUCCCUCUGAUGAACCACUGCGCAUAGACUAUGGCGCAAGUGAGCCCGACCAUGUUAUGCGCGCCUCAUUGCAGGCCAUGGAAGAGUUCAAUAAAAACAAUGCCAUGGCGCAGGCGGGACAUUUCACGGGGGGAAGAAGCUACCAGGAACACUCUCGUCCGAGACGCAACCACGGAGACCGACCCAAGUCGAAAGCACCUAUACCGAAUUGCGCGCCGUGGGUGCUGGUGAAGACAAAACUAGGCAGGAGGUUUGUCCACAACACAGAGACGAAGCAAAGUUUGUGGAAAUUUCCCCAGGAUGUCAUGAUGGCGGUGAUUGAGAUGGACAGGCUAGAAUGGGAAGCGAAGAAAAAGGCAGGGACUGAGCAGCAAGAGAGCAAUGAGGAUCGUGGGAAAUCACAACCAAGGGUUGAUACACCGAGACCAGACACCCCCACAAGAGACAGAUCUCGAGCCUCUGUCGGGCCUGAAGAGUACGACAGCGACGAGUACGAGGAAGUCGAAGUGACAGAUGAUGAGGCGGAAGCAGAUGAUGAGCCAUCAAAACGGCCUCGUCUCUCCCACGACGCUGAAAGUGAGAACCCACCACCUGCUGGACCGGUAGAAUUCGACGAAGACGAUAUAGCCUGGCAAUUGGCGCAGAUGGAGGGCGAUGACGGGUACGGUGAGGACCGAGACUACACGCGAGGCGAUGGAGAAAGAGAAGAAGAAGACGAAGACGAAGAUGAAGAUGAAGGCCUCCCUCUCACCGCGGAGGACAACAUUGCGCUCUUCCGAUCCCUCCUCGACGACUCGGGCAUAUCACCGUACUCCACCUUUGAAAAACUGAUCGAAGACACAACUCUAAUAGAAGACCCACGCUACGUCGCAUUACCAAACACCUCGUCACGCAAAGAGGCCUUUGUGGCAUGGUCCAAGGACCGCAUCGCAGAACUGCAAGCCCUCAAGGCCUCAGCGGCGGCCGCCAACACACAGAACAAGAAGGACCCCAGGGUGGAAUACCUGCGGUUUCUGCAAAACCACGCCACGCCGAAACUGUACUGGCCGGAAUUUCGGAGAAAAUUCAAAAAAUCCCCGGAGAUGCUGGAGCGGUCCAUGCAGGAUAAAGAGAGGGAGAAGCUCUACCGCGAGCUCGUGGGCAAGUUGAAACUGGGCGACGCCGAGCGGAGGAAGGAAGUUGUGGGUCUGCUCAAGAGCGUCGACAAGACCAAAUUCGACCCGGCUAGCGAUUCUCCGGAUGCCUUGCCGGACGCUAUCCUGAGGGAUGUCAGGUUCUAUAUCCUGGACCCCGCCAGGAGGGAUGAGCUUGUGAGGACAUUCUUGGAGACGCUCUAA